AUGUCGACAGACGUUGAGGAAAAGACGGCCCCCGCAUUGUCGACGACAGACGACGUCAAAGUGGACAAUGAACUGGGCCUGGCCACCACGAAUAAUGACGGCGAAAUCCAGACCAUCCACCACCGUAUCGACAAAGCGGUAGAGCGGUCAUACCUCCGCAAGUUGGAUUUUUACUUGCUCCCGUUCUUGUCGCUGAUGUAUCUGUUCAACUCUGUCGAUCGGUCUAAUUUGUCAAACGCCAAAACGGACGGGUUCGACACGGAUAUGCAUUUCCAGGGAAAUGAAUACUCCCUUCUGCUGCUGCUGUUCUAUGUUCCGAAUGGCCUUGCUGACAAGGAGUUUGACCUGAAGGAAUGCAGAUCUACCUCUGAAUCUGCUCACAAAGCGGUUCUCCGGGAAAAUCACACUUCCCUCGCUGAUGCUGGCCUGGGGUUGCUUAUCGAUGAUCCAAACCGCGUGCACGAACUUUGGCGGAAUGCUCGUCAUCCGUUUGCUUAUCGGGUCCGUAACCAACUGCGGUCUUGCUGUCAGAAGAAUCUAUUGUCGAUCUGGAUACUGAGUGCUUACAGGUUCUUCGAAGCCGGCUUCUACGCAGGCACCAUCUUCCAUCUCACCCUGUUCUACAAGCGCAACGAGCUCGGCUUCCGCAUCGCCCUCAUCUUCGGCAGCGCAGAGCUGGCAGCCGCCUUCUCGGGCAUCUUGGCUUAUGGGGUCUUUCAGAUUAAGAAUACGGCGCUCAAAGGAUGGCAGUAUCUGUUCAUCAUCGAAGGCGGAAUCACUGUGCUUCUCUCGCUCUUUGGGUACUAUUGGCUGCCAGCCAGUCCGCAGGAGGCGCGAUGGCUGACCUCGGCCGAGAAAGACGUUGCAAGAGUUCGUUCUCUGCAGGACGGUUCCAAGGACGUGGGCGAGGACUUCAACCUGAAGCUCGCCUUCAGGCAAUGGAAGGACCCGAAGAUGAUAAUCUGGGCCGUCAUCGCGCUCACCUAUCCGGUCCCGUUCACCACGGCGUCCAACUUUCUUCCACAGAUCGUUCAACGUCUGGGUUACGACGUCGUCAAGACGAACCUGAUGACCGUGCCUCCAAACCUGGCUGGCUUUUGCGUUCUUCUCGUGGUCACGAAGUCGUCGGAUUACUUCCGCGAGCGAACCUUCCAUAUCUGCUUCGCGCUGACGCUCUCUCUGGUUUCCCUGAUCAUCCUCGCCACCACCGACGUGGAGACCAACAAAGGCGUCGCCUUCUUUGCCAUGUUCCUCCUCGCGUCGGGCGCCUACAUCCCUUCGUGUCUCUACCACUCGUGGCACAACAAUAACAAUAUCAGCGAGAAUUCGCGUGCCGUCACCACGGGUAUCCUCGUCGGUCUAGCCAACCUUGGGGGAAUCCUCGGCAGCGCGACAUUCCGGGUUGAGUAUGCACCCAAUUAUAUACCGACGUUGGCAGCCACGGCAGCGUGUGCCGCGACGAGCAUCAUGCUUGUGCUAGGACUUGGUCUAUGGAUGAAGCACGACAACCGCCGGCGGGAUCGAGAGCAAGGGGUUCGUAUCCGGCCUCAGGACGUGGAUACGUCUCUGCUGAAGGAUCAUGAGAAUGAUGUCAACUGGAGAUGGUUCUCGUAG